CCUCUGCGCCCGGCCGCUCAGGGGGCUCGGAGCCCGGCCGCGAGCGCGGGGGUCGGGGCCCGGAACCGAGUGAGGCCGCGGCCCGGCGCGCUGCGGACGAAAAUCUUGGAAAAUGUAUACAAGCCAUGAAGAUGUUGGGUAUGACUUUGAAGAUGACCCCAAGGACAAGAAGACGCUCAAGGCCCAUCCGGACAUGGAUGGCGGGUGGGCCUGGGUGAUGGUCCUGUCCUCUUUCUUCGUGCACAUUCUGGUCAUGGGCUCGCAGAUGGCCCUGGGAGUCCUCAACGUGGAGUGGCUGGAGGAGUUUCGGCAGAGUCGCAGCCUCACGGCCUGGGUCAGCUCUCUCAGCAUGGGCAUCACCUUGAUUGUGGGGCCUUUCAUCGGCUUGUUCAUCAACGCCUGUGGCUGCCGCCGGACGGCCAUCCUCGGAGGGCUGGUGAACUCGCUGGGCUGGGUGCUGAGCGCCUACGCGGCAAACGUGUACUCUCUCUUCGUCACCUUCGGAGUGGCAGCGGGCCUCGGCAGUGGGAUGGCCUACCUGCCGGCCGUGGUCAUGGUGGGCCGCUACUUUCAGAAGAGGCGAGCCUUGGCCCAGGGGCUCAGCACCACAGGCACAGGCUUCGGGACAUUCCUGAUGACGGCGCUGCUCAAGUACCUGUGCUCCGAGUACGGCUGGCGCAAUGCCAUGUUCAUCCAGGGCGCUGUGUCCCUCAACCUGUGUGUGUGCGGGGCACUCAUGCGGCCCCUGGCUCCCGAGAGGGACACACGGGGCCCAGGAGCGACGCGGCCGCAUGCCCUCUCCUCAGCUCGCUCCGUGGAAUCUGUGAAGUCAGGGGGGCUCCCAGGCAGGGCAGAAGAGCCAGAGGGCGGACCUGGAAAGCUGGGGACCCUCUGCGACCCUCCAGGCCAGGAGGGCCCAGAUCAGGCGGGGCCCAGGACGGACGUGCGGGCCCUGGGACUCCUGAAAGCGGUGAGCCAGCUCACCGUGCACGUCCGGAAGGGCUUCGGGGACUGGUCCUCGGGCUGCUUUGGGUCGGCCUCCCUCUUCCGCAACCGCAUGUUUGUGGCCUUCGUCUUCUGGGCCUUGUUCGCCUACAGCAGCUUCGUCAUCCCGUUCAUCCACCUGCCGGAGAUCGUGCACUUGCACAACUUGUCGGAGCAGAACGACGCCUUCCCGCUGACGUCCGUCAUCGCCAUCGUGCACAUCCUGGGGAAAGUGCUCCUGGGCCUGGUGGCCGACGUCCCCUGGGUCCGCGCCUGGAACGUCUUCCUCCUGGCCAACUUCGUCCUGGGCCUGUGCAUCCUCGCGCUGCCGCUGGCGCACACCUACGCCAGCCUGGCGGUGGUCUGCGCGCUCAUAGGCUUCUCCAGUGGCUACUUCUCCCUCAUGCCCGUGGUCACUGAGGACCUGGUGGGCAUCGAACACCUGCCCAACGCCUAUGGCAUCAUCAUCUGUGCUAAUGGCAUCUCGGCGUUGCUGGGACCUCCUUUUGCAGGGUGGAUCUAUGACAUCACACAAAAGUACGAUUUUUCCUUCUAUAUUUGUGGUUUGCUUUACAUGGUAGGAAUGCUCUUUCUCCUCAUUGAACCAUGCAUUCAAAUUAUAGAACAAUCCAGAAGAAGCCACAUGGACGGUGCACAUGUUUAGCGUCCUUCAUGUUUGCAUUUUGUGUUGCAUUUUGUUGUUGAACUCACGCCUACCUCACAUGGUUGCUGUGAGGAGCCCGUGACAUAGGUGGGAAAGCAUUUUGUCAAGGCCAUGGCCAUUGCUUCGUUGGUAAGCAGCAGUGCCUCUCUGGGAAGAGGUGGU